AUGUCGAGUCCCCCACCGGCAUCAUCUCGCAGUGAUGAACAGAUAGAGAAGCUGAAGAAGGAUCUGCUGCGAGCUGCAAGAGAAGGAAAUGCCGAUCUCCUACGCCAGCUGCUGGAUGGGAAGCAGCUGGAUGCUUCAGCCGAAGGUUGUUCUCAUUUCAUCAGCAAGUUGGUAACUUCUUGUUGUACGGGCAACGGUGCCACGGUUGAAGUUGUUGUUCGAAGAAGGGAUGACAAUUCUCUAGACAAUAAUGGUCCUGCAGAAGACACAGAAGUGGGUGAAAUUGUUGAUCAGGCUAACACUAAUAACAGUGAUACUGUGUCAUCUGAAGAUGUUAUAGAGAUCCUACGGAAUGUUUGUCUGCUUCAUGUCGUAGCAGACAGUGGCGAUGGUGAAAACCACAGGAAAUGCGCGACGGCGAUCCUCGAGAAAGACCCAACGCUCUUCUCUGCGCGCGACGACAUGAACUAUACUCCCCUGGACCGUGCACUGAGGGCUCGUCAUGCCGAACUGGUCUUGCAUCUCCUCGAAUUCGUGGACGGAGUUACUGAUGAGGAACAAAAAACGGUUACCUCCCGAAGCACAAAUGACCCUUCGGUGAGGCCAAAGGACGGCAUGUCUCCGCUAUACGUCGCCGUCUCCUUGGGAUACAGCCAAGUCGUCAUUGAUAAUCUAAUCACCACUUUUGGCCAACACCUGGCCUAUUACGGACCAAACGGCCAAAAUGCGCUACACGCCGCAGCUAUUCGGAGUGAAGCUCUUACCAGAAAAAUUGUGGAAAAGAAAAAAGAUCUCAUAAACGAAUCUGAUGGGGACGGAAGUUCGCCUCUUCACUUCGCGGCAUCCGUUGGAAUCAAGGGCAUAACAAAAUUACUAAUUGAUAGCGCAAGAGAACAAAACGUGAUCCAGAUGCCAGAUAACGAGGGCAUGUUCCCCAUCCACAUAGCUUCUUCAGUCGGCGCCAUGGACGCAAUCGAGUCGCUGAUCGAUGCUGACGACUUGUCUUCAGCUGCCGUUCGCAACGCUGAAGGCAAGACCUUUCUUCAUAUCGCGGUCGAGAACGGAAACCGCAGCGUCGUCGAGUUCGUGUGCGUAGAACCGAGACCAAAGCUGAUGGAAAUUUUGACCAUGUUCCUAUGGAGAAAACCGAGAGAGAAGUUGGUGCACGUUCUGAACAUGAAGGACAAUGACGGAAAUACUGCAUUGCAUCUGUCUGUUCAGAAAAGAGACGAGACCAUCUUCAGCUAUCUGUUGGGGAACAAGUACGUGGAGCUCAGCCAUGCCAACAACAAAGGCUAUACACCACUCGAUCUUGCAAGCAAGAUAAGGACCGGGAAUCCGUUCGCCUCUCCUCAGAACCCGACGGAAUGGAUGAUCAGGGUAUUGGCUCAUUCCGGAGCUCAUUUAAGUCCUCGUAGACGUGACAAAUUUAUCCGUGCUCCCUGCUCAAUGAAGGAAAAUAAGGCGAAGUCUGGAACACACGGGGAUAACCUUUCACGGUCGAGCGAGAGCGUCUUGGUUGCAUCGGUGCUGAUAGCGUCGGUGACUUUCGCCGCCGCGUUCACCAUGCCAGGGUCGUACAAGACGAGGAGCCCCAAGGAAGGCACGCCGGCGCUCGGCGCCGGCUACUUUUUCAAGGUCUUCCUCGUCGCCGACAUCUUCGCCUUCUUCUUCUCCGUGGCGGCGACCUACAGCCUCGCCGAGUACGGGAACCGGGCCACCGUGGACCCUCUGGUCCGCUGCGCCUACGCGCGCCGCGCCGUGCGGCUGUUCCACGUCGCGCUCAGGAGCAUCCUCGUCGCCUUCACGCUCGGCGUUUCGGUGGUGAUGCUGGACAUCUCCGUCAGCGCCGCCGUCGUCGCCGGCGUGCUCGCUUCCAUCUUCGUCGUCUACGGAAACGUCCCGCUCGGCCAUGAUCUCAGGCUUCUGCGGGUGAUGUUCCACAGGUUCGGCGUCACGGUUUCUUGGCCGCUGCAUCCGGCCACCAGCACCAGUCUGGGCUGGACCUCCCGGCGGCUUCAAAGCUUCUCCGCGACACUCGUCUGGAACCUGGUCAAACUUUUCUGGACGUAUGGCCUCAUCUUUGCGGUUGCUCGCGUUGCUCAACUGAAGCAGAAAAGUUGA